GUGCAGAGGCUGGCGUUUAGUGACGUAAACCCUCCCCGCUGAGGUUCCUCACCCCCAAAUGCAGACUUAGUUCACAUUCAUAGAGGACAUUUCCCAUUUGUUGAUUAGCACCUUUAAGGACCUGUAUACUGGAGAUGUGAUAGGGGUGGACAUGGAGACAAAUUUGAUCAAGUCUCGAGGAGGAGAUGACGUUUAUCGUGAGACUUUCACGGGGGAGCUACAGAAGCUUCUUGCUGAGUAUAAUUGCCGACUGACAGAAGCUGACAUGGUAGAAGAGAACAUCAUUCAUGCACAGGAGCGAGCAAUAGCUGAAGAAGAAAGGGCCCUAAACGUGCUGAAGGCAGAUGCUGGGGAAGAUUUCCGCAGAAUUGGAUUGCCCUCAGUUGCAUCCUCUUUCAGGUGGAUUGUGGAUAAUGAACUUCUCAGAAAACAUCAUUUCGCCUGCCCAGAAGAUUACAUCACAGAUAGAUUACCUGUUACUAGAGCACCAAAAGGAAAAUCAGAACCUGACUAUGCCAAAGAGACAUUUAGUUUUAAGCAGCACAUUUCUUCAGACUCAGAGAACCAGAUGCCUGAAGAGAUUGCACAUCUCCGUCAAGUACCGGGUAGUCUGCCAGAUGUAUCUUUAUCCACAUUAACGCUGCCUUCAACUCCGGAGCCUAAGCACCAGACUAAAAGGAUAAGUAAGAAAUCUAAUGCCUCGCAGAAGCUAGCUGGGAAAGACAGUAAGUGCGGAGCAGACAGAGAAAGCGAACAUGCUUACAUUGCCAGACUUGAGGAGAGACGCAAUUACCUGAAGAACCCCCGCUUUUUCCCACUAAAUGCUCUUCAUGGAGGCAAAUCUCUUGUCGUUUCUCAGGAAAAGGUGGACCAAAUCAUAGCCAGAAGAAAAGCAGAGGAUAAGAAAGGUGAUACCUCAUUUGUUCCUGUGUUUCUUGCUAAUCCACCUAUUGUUUUAUUUUCUGAUUAUGAAGUUGGUCAGGUUUAUGAGAUGACAAUAGAGCUACAGAACAUCACUUCAACAUGUCACCAUGUAAGAAUUAUCCCUCCCUCUACUUCAGCAUUUGCCAUUGGGCCAGGCAAAUUUCCAGGAAAGGGAGGAAUGAUUGCUCCUGGGAUGACAUGCCAGUAUACAAUCCAAUUUAUUCCUGAAUAUCUAGCAGAUUAUGAAGAUUGUAUAUCAGUGGAAACCCAAGCAUCAGAACCUCUUAUAAUACCAAUCCAAGCAAAAAGACCACCUCCAGUGCUAACGUUGCCUCACAUUAUAGACUGUGGUUCCUGCCUUGUUGGAGGAAUAAAAGUUACAAAGAUUUUGUGCAGAAAUGAGGGAUUUAGCACUGGCAGGUUCUGUAUAAUGCCAAAGAAAGUCUGGCCACCUCCUAAUUUCAGGGCCGUUGCAACUGUUGGUUUUGUAAGACAAGAUCCAUUUGGGAUACAUCCUGCAGUUUUUGAGCUAACUCCAGGGCAGAGUACAACAAUAGAGGUAGUGUUUUUUCCUUCUUUUCCAGAAGUCUCACAGCAAACAUACACCAUUGUUUGUGACAAUUGCCAGGUCAAUGAUGUUACAGUCACAGGCAUUGGACAGCUGAUAGCUCUGGAGCUGUUGUUUGUCACGGGUGGAGAAAGCAACCCUGAACUUGGUGAAAUUACUGAUGUAACAGCACAGCACCUCAUACGAUUUGACCCUCAAAACCCACACGUCUCUGUGGAGAAGAAUUUGAUUAUAAGAAACUCUACCCACGUAGAACUUCCUUUCUACUGGCAGAUAAUAAAGCCUAAUCUGCAGCCAUUAAUGCCAGAAGGAACUGUAGACUUUACGAAGCUCAAAUAUAAUCGCGACACAGAAUCAGCCUUCUCCCUGAAUCCUAAGCAGGGAGUUUUGCUUCCCCAUGCUGAUCAUGAGUUUGUUCUCACUUAUGCUCCACAGGAGCUGAAGAGUUAUCACAGUGUGAUUCAGAUGGUACUGAGGGACAUCCCAGAAUCACCUUGUUUAGUAACGGAGUCGGUGUUUCAAAACAUCCCAGAAUACAAAGCGGAGGAUGUAAUAACAAUGGAAAUAGAAGUUAAAGGUUCAACAGAACCAUUUCAGCUUCUUCUGGAACCAUAUGCUGUUAUCAUCCCUGGAGAAAGUUUUAUUGGUGUAAAUGUCAGAAAACCAUUUAAGAUGUGGAAUAACAGCAAAUCAUCGAUCAAGUACACAUGGGAGAAAAUCAUUGCAUGUGAUAUAGUGGAAGUUGAACCUCAUACUGGAUUCAUAGAUAUGACUGAAUGCUGUGAAUUUGAGCUCACAAUUACUGGAGGCAAACCUGGCUGUGUCAGCCAUAACCUGCAGUGUAAAAUUGAACACUCUUCAGAGCCCGUGGUGCUGCAUGUUGAGGCUGCUUUUAAGGGUCCACUGCUCUCUAUUAAUAUUCCAUCGCUCCAGUUAGGUUUGAUUAAGUGGGGUGACAGCGUGUUAAGAACCUUUGAGAUUCAAAAUCUAUGUCAGCUGCCAGCAAGGUGGAGAAUGCGAGAAAGCCAGGCUUGUCUAACUGAAAGGAAUGAAGAGGUUUCGCCCUUUACCAUUCAUCCAUCUGCUGGAGAAAUACUUCCUUUGGAUAUAUGCAGUGUGUCAGUUCAGUUCACGUCGCUGCAGUGUCAGCGUCUCCAGACAGUUUUAGAACUAGAGGUAGAAAAUGGAGAAGGAAGUCAUCUUCCUGUUUUUGUUGAAGUUCAGACCCCCCAAGCAUGCCUGAUGUCUAGUCAUCUAGUGUUCACUGAAAUUUAUACUGGAGUUCCUGCCAAAGCAACCAGCAAACUUUUUAACCAGACACUGCUGCCAGCAAAAUACUUGUGGGGAAAGCUCAUUGGAAGUCAGGCAGCUUUUUGCUCUGCCAGUGUCUCCCCAGCCGGUGGCACCUUAGGCCCAAAUGAAGAAAAAGAAUUGUGCAUAGAGGUAACAGCCAACAUCACGGGUGAGCUGAAAGACCUUGCCCUUUCCUGUAGCAUAGAAGACAUGAUUGAACCCCUCUUCCUGAGCAUUUCUGGAGAAGUGAGAGGAUUGCACGUCAGUUACUCACUACCUUGUGAAAGUGGAGUUACUAGUGACGAAAGGCAAAUGCUACAAAGCCCAUGUGAUCUUCUUUUGGACUUUGGAUCUGAAGUUGCAUUCAAAGACAUAGUAAAACGUCAGCUAAUUCUUACCAAUCACACUGGAAUCAGUGCUCCAUUCAAACUAGAAGCUGAGUAUUUUACUGGCUAUUCACCUACUGCAGAACAAGGACUCUGCCCCUCUCCAAGCUACCUGGUGAAAAGGAGAGGGCCCAUCACAAGACACACAGCCAAAAGAGCACAGUCAGUGUUUGCAGCAGCAGUGCUGUCUCAUGGGAAGGGAGUAGCUUUCCAUAUACAACCUUCCACAGGAACUCUGAAAGCCUUCCAGCAGCUAAUCAUAGAAAUAACAGCUUAUAACAACAUGUGGGGAGAGUACCGUGAUGAGCUUGUCUGUAAGGUGGGAGACUUGCAGCCUACAUUAAUUCCUUUACAAAUGACCGUGAAAGGCUGUCCAAUUUUCCUGCAGAUGACAGGACCACAGACAGAGCAGCCCAUAAUCAGGUUUGGCACUCAUGUCUCUGGAGGGUAUCCUGUGUCCCGGAGUGUCCAGCUCAACAAUCCCACUCCCUUUGACAUUCGCAUGGACUGGGAAACAUACAAUCGAGAGAAAGAUGAUAAAAAGCUGAUAGACCUGUUGGUGGUCUACGGAGACCCUUUUCCUCCUAAGGACAUAGAUGAAAAUGAGGCUGCAUCAAUUGGUAGCAGUUCAGAGUCAGAAACCGUGUUAAAGUUGGAUCAAACCCGCAUCCCCUCUGAAAUCACUUCAGCUUCACAAGCCUCAGCUGAGUCUUCAGACACGGACAACAAAAAAGAGGAAAUCAUCACUGAAGAACCUACAAUAAAGAAAAUCAUCUCUGUACUUAUACGACCUCACGAAGGGGUUCCUGCAGACAACCCCUACUCCAUAACUCCAAGGCAAAUAGUGGUUCCAGGAGGUGGCAGUAUCUCCGUUUGUAUCUGCUUCACCCCACAAGUCCUCCCAGAGACCAUAAGCCAAGUGCAAUGCGAAGGGUUUGUGCUGGGUUUCAUGAGCCUCGACAACAAGUUCGCACAGACAGUGCCUAACAAAGUACAUCGUAGACACGGCUAUGAAGCUCCACCAUUACAAAUAAACUUGCAAGCUUUCAUCACGCAUGCACUGUUAAAAGUGGACGUGGAUCAUGAUGAAGGAAUGGUAUUUUACUCUAUGGCAAGUGAUCUCAUCCCAGCUCAGCCUCUGUUAGGAGUUUUGACAGAUUCAGUAAUGACUCAGAGUUUGAAACUCAUCAAUUGCACCAAGGUUCCUCUCUACUUCAGGCUGCUUCUGUCUACGCCCUUCAGCCUGUCCAGCACAGAUCCCAAAAAGAGCACCAAAACAUCCCACAGCAACAAGGAAGAAAAAGAGCAACAGCCGCAGUUUGCACUUUAUCCACAGCAAAACAUGCUGGUGAAAGUGUCAUUUCACACAACUCUGGAGUUACUUACGUAUCAACAUCUGCCAGCCAGCCAGCUGCUUCCUGGAUUCCAAGUGCUCCAGUUUGAGAAUGGAGAUAGGAAGCUGAAGUUUGAUCAAAAUCUGGUCAUUGAAUAUAGUAACCGCACAGCCCAGCUGGUCCCAGUGACUGCAUACCUUACUGUUCCAGUACUGGAGCUUUCUUGCGACACACUGGAUUUUGAGACCUGCUUUGUUGCACGAACCAAGACUGAACAUGUCUUCCUGUGUAAUAGGAGUGGCUGUAGAAGUUACUGGACUGCUCUGCUAGAUGAACAGGAAAGACUUAAAGACCCAGAGGUAUUUUCUGUCUCCCCCGCUAAUGGCAUUUUGGAGGCACGUGAAGGGGACCUACCCACCAAAGGCAUUUUGCAGAUCCGCUUUACAGCCAGGAGUAACACUGAAUAUGAAACUUCUGUGACCAUUACUGGAAUGCUGGGAGAGAAGCCUUGCAAGCUACGGAUCAGGGGACGAGGAACAAACGAUGAAAAGUAUGAAGAUCUAAAUAUAUUUUAAGCAAGACUCUGUGGGAUAAAUGUCAAGACAACAGCUCAGAUGUAGAAAUAGCAUUAGCUGAGUCGCUAUUUUAUCUGCUUCAGUCUUUAUGACAUGAACUGGAAUUCCAGUUUAAUGAACUGGCAUUUUCACAGAACAAAAUUCGAAGCUAUGAAGAAUAAAAAGUUCACGGCACUUCAAAAAACAGUCACAAUCUCAUCCUGUGCUAUUACUUUUAUUGCUGUGCUGAGCUUACCAGUACCCACAAAGCCAGCUCUACAAAAUAAUCAAUUUUAAAUUUCAAAGCAGCUAUGCUAACAGGCCAAAAUCCCUUUGCAUAUGCUCAAGUUACAAUCAAAAGACUGUUGGUACCUUAAGAAGCAGCUUUUGUUUCGUGUUGGUUUUUUCCCAUUUCCCAUUAAAACGGACAUUGACAAAUAAUAGUGACUUAAGGUCAGCAUUCGCACUGGCUGUUUGCUCAGUGCCUUACAUGAAAAGGGGAUAGCUAGCUUUCCCUAGACUCCUUGGAAAAUCACCAACCUGCAUGUUUCAUCAUGCUUGGGUAUUGAGAACAGCCCCUUCAGCUACAAAGGGAGGAACCAAUCUUGCUUUUAAUUCUUUCCCCUCACAUGGUUCCCAUUUGCUCGCACUUCUUUUUAGCUAAAGUAAUAUUAAAAACAUGUAAAGGUCACUGAAAUUCCCACUUUGGAGCCUGUUACAUUUUCCACUCCCAUCAUGUAAAAGACCUUUGUUAAAGGCAGUGUGAGUGGGGAGGAAGGGGCUGCAAUCCACAGCGGAGGAGAACAAAAGAUGACAAUCGCUGCCUUCGGCCUAGUUUAAGGCAGACUUGUUCCAGCAAUGACAACUCAUUUUGUCCAUAAGAACCUCGGUGUGCAAGAUGGACCCUUGAAGAUGUAAAGUGCCUUUCUGCCCACUCUGGAUAAUUCCAUCCUUUUGCUCCAAAACGCAGCAUGCGUGAUUGCAGAGUGAGAUUGGCAAGAGAACAGGAAUGUGAGAAUAUAAAAUAGCUCUAGUUAAUCAUAACCUUCAACUAACAAUCAUAACGAGAACAAUAUAAUAUAUUGCAAGAACCCGAUCGUAUUAAGUACAAAAAGCAUGAGCCAGGACAAAGUACUUCAGUCAGUGUUACAAAUUUAAACUUCUCUAACGUGUCAAAGACAAUGAGUAUAUUUCUUUUUCAAGUAGUCAGUGCUGAAUUUUAAUGAUCUUUCUGCUCAUAAGAGGAGAACACAUACGGGAGAAUGUUACAGUAUGAAAGGUAUACAUCUGCACCGGCACUGAAGUACUCAGCAUGUUGCUGAUAGUCAUGUAGUGCUUGCAGCAAGAAUGAUAUGCUGAAACCUGUUCCAUGUUAAGUAAUUUAAUAUCACUAAACACGACCUUGUCUUCUAAGCUAGAAUCACACAAGCUAAUGCAAAAAUUUUGUAAAAGAUGGAAUGACCAUUUCGAAAUCCCUAGCUUCUAGCAAUUAUCAAACCUUUUCUAUUCAGGCACCCCAACAGUUUGUUUGACAAGAGAAGCCUGGCUGGUGAGUGCACUAAUUGCUAAUCCUUCCAUUUUGCCCCUCUAGAGAUUUCACAACAGUUUUGUUUUUGUUUUUUUUUUUUUUAAAAAAAAUGUUACAAUGCCAAAGCACACUGUUCAGCAUAUGGUCAAUUUAAGACAUAGCCAACUUACAACUUGAACAGAACAGUGUUGAGAUAAAGGAAAGGAUGUUUCACAUCUCUGCAUUGCUAACACAAAAAAAAAAAAAAAAA